UAUCGCGAGAUUAUAAUAAGUACGCGUUUCUGCGCUUUAUUUGCGCCUGCGCAGACCGGCUGCUCUGACCUUCAUUGAAGUGAUCAUGUUCGCCAGGACCAGCGCGGCGGUGUUCCUCCCACAAUGUGGGCAGGUCAGGAACAUGGCUACCUUGAAGGACAUCACCCUUCGGUUGAAGUCCAUCAAGAACAUCCAGAAGAUCACCAAGUCCAUGAAGAUGGUGGCAGCAGCAAAGUAUGCCAGAGCUGAGAGAUCCCUGAAGCCCGCCCGGGUCUAUGGCACCGGUGCUAUGGCACUCUAUGAGAAGGCUGAGAUCAAGGCUCCAGAAGACAAGAAUAAGCACUUGAUCAUCGGGGUGUCAUCUGACCGUGGUCUUUGCGGUGCCAUCCACAGCAGUGUGGCCAAAGCCAUGAAGAAUGAGAUCGCCAAGCUCUCUGGUGCCGGCAAAGAGGUCAUGGUUGUCAAUGUGGGUGACAAACUCAGAGGUCUGCUCUACAGGACCCAUGGCAAACACAUCCUGAUCAACUGCAAGGAGGUGGGCCGCAAGCCUCCCACUUUUACUGAUGCAUCUCUCAUUGCCACAGAGCUGAUGGACUCUGGCUACGAGUUUGACCAGGGAACCAUUGUAUUCAACAGAUUCAGGUCUGUGAUUUCAUACAAGACAGAAGAGAAACCUGUAUUUUCCACUGACACUGUGGCAAGCUCAGAGAACAUGGGCAUCUAUGAUGACAUUGAUGCUGAUGUGCUGAGGAACUAUCAGGAGUUUGCUCUAGUCAACAUCAUUUACUACGGGCUGAAGGAGUCCACCACCAGUGAACAGAGCGCCAGGAUGACCGCUAUGGACAACGCCAGCAAGAAUGCUUCUGAUAUUAUUGACAAGCUGACCCUGACCUUCAACCGAACCCGCCAGGCCGUCAUCACCAAGGAGCUCAUUGAGAUCAUUUCUGGAGCUGCUGCUCUAUAAAGUGGAUCCCUGUAAACUUCCGAUGUGGUUCUGGCGCUCGUUCUCUCCAGUUCAGUCACCUGGUGUAGAAUUCAGUAAUAAAUAUGUGCUUCUGUUUGUACAAUAUCAGAGAAAAUAAACCUCUUACAGAGAAACGUCAUCCAUUGAUUUCUCCAGUCUAUUUCUAGUGUAUGUACUGAUCAGCUUUGAUGUCCUCUUAAGAAAAUAAAUAAGUUUCCCGA